GACCCAACGACUGUGUACGUUGAUCUCAGGUCCCUACGACACGACAGGGUGACGCUGGUUGAGAGAGGGGCUCCCCACUCUCUGUGUAUCAUGGAGUCAGGGAAAUUACUACCAGGAGUGAAGGUGGUCAUUGCUAAUCCUGACACUAAAGGACAGUGCUCUGAUUCUCACCUUGGUGAGAUAUGGGUCCAGUGUAAUCACAAUGCCAGUGGCUACUUUACAGUGUAUGGUGAUGACGGCACUGCUAAUGACCACUUCAAUGCUCAGCUUGUGACGGGGAACACCGGAGAGACGUACGCUCGCACCGGCUACCUUGGAUUUCUCCGCCGCACUGAGUCGGUCCAGGCUGACGGGGAGCUCCACGAUGCAGUGUUUGUUGUCGGCGCACUAGACGAGACUGUUAUCCUGCGGGGAAUGCGUUAUCAUCCCAUUGAUAUUGAGAUGACGGUGAUGCGAUGCCACAAAAAAAUAUCGGAAUGUGCAGUGUUCAACUGGACCAACUUGUUAGUGGUGGUAGUGGAGCUGGACGGGGCUGAGUAUGAAGCUCUCGACCUCGUGCCACUCAUCACCUCGUCCGUCCUGGAGGAACAUCAGAUCAUUGUCGGUGUUAUCGUAGUAGUCGACCCCGGCGUGGUGCCCAUCAACUCUCGCGGGGAGAAGCAACGCAUGCACCUUCGGGAUGGUUUCCUGGCUGACCAGCUCGACCCUAUAUAUGUUGCUUAUAACAUGUAAAUAAUGUAAAAAUCCACACCAAGCUGGAAAAGACAUCCUAAAUUUUUUUCUAAGAAAUUCAGUUCUAUGUUUUUGAUACACUUCGCGAAAGUCAAUCUCUGAUGAAAUCAGAGAUUCUCAUGUAUAUGAAAAUAGUGUGAUCGAUACUAUACAAAAAACACAAGUGCUUAUCCCACAAAGUUUAUCCUUAAGGAUGAAAAAAAUGUGAUUUCAAUGUGGAUUUUCAACCUUAUAAUAUAGGUAUUUGAAUUAAUCCACAAUUUUAAUGCCACACAGUGAAAAAAAAUUCAUUUUUACAUUUUAUAUUCCUUGUCCGAUGGAUGAUAGAACUCUGGGUAUCUUUCAAUACAAUAUAUUUUCAGUUUUUACAAGUGCCAUGAGCAGCCUUUUACGAUUGCAUUUGUAGCGCGAUGCGUCAAGUGAAUUCAGUCAUGAACUUCAGUAGAUAGAUCUUGAUAGCUUGUGAUAGAUUUUUUUGUGAGUUCUUAGAAAAUUGAAUAGACAUAAUGCUACAUAGGUUUAAUUGGCAUUUAAGAUGAAUGAAUGUAUUUCAGUGAGCUCUGGUAAUAUAUUACCACUUUACACAGCCAUACACUGUAUAUAGUUCUAUCUUUGUUGAGACUCAGGCUAUUGUAUAUAAUGUACAUCAUAUGUUCCCACUUAUAUACUUUUAUAAGUGACGUUUUCAGCGGUACAGUAAACUCUCUUAUAAACCUUCUCUCCGUAGCUUUUCAUAAAUAAGGCUGAAAAAAUACACUGAAAAUUGAGCAGCACUUUGAAAAAUCUUUAUAAUACGGUGUUCAGUUUUUAGCGCAUUUUUUGGGUCCCAUUCACAAAAGAAAAAUAAUCGCACUAGAGGGGCUUAGCAAGAGAGCUGACUGUAUAUAGAAAUAGUAUAUUGGUUUUACAGGUUGGCACUCCUAGGAAACUUGUGCUGAAAAUGACACUCAUGGAUCACCAAGCUCUGUACAUUUGUAUAGCAAUAGGAACGUUCAUUCGUUUAACAUCUCGACUGCCAAGCGAACGGCCGCUUUGAUUCUGGCAAAGCUGCCAGUGUUGCCCGGUACGUCCAUAGCCCAGCAGGAAUGAAUACAGGGAGUUCUCUCUUAUAAAGCUCUUCUGUAUACUGCAACUUUGUGCAGAUGUGACUGGAAAGUUCACUAAGUUUUUUUUAUGAAGUUCUAUACAGCCAUGUCUAGAUUAGUACAUGUUCAAAUAGUGUGAAUUUUUAUUUAGUGCAAAAUUAAAUGCUGCUAGUUUCCCUUCCCCUCAGCUCUUCAAAUAGUGCACAAAAAUUACAUACAGUUCGAUUAGUGCAAAUUCCCACAGUACGCUCACUCACAGGAGCCCUCAUUCACACUGAUCAAGGCCUGGUUGUACAUUGCGAUUUUUUGGGAACGUGGCUGAAAAAAAAAGUACACCAAAAAUUGAAUAACACACGGAAAAGCCUUCAGUAGUAUCUAUGUAAUUGUUGAUGGACUCUUAGUCGCAUUUCCAAAAAAAGAAAUCGUGCUAUAUAGAGGAGCUUUAUAAGAGAGGUGACUGUAUAUACAGGAGCUUAUAAGAGAACUGACUGUAUUUCCCACUCUUACAGUAAGGUGUCUGGUCACAAAACGUAUUUGUAAUAAAAGAUACCAUUUUGUUUCCAAAAUCACGUUUGGUAUAUUUUAAAUGUUUCGAACUUAAAAUAAGUUGUAGAAAUUUUUGUGUAUAUUGAAAUGGCUAUACCUUAUAUGCUUGAUGGGAACGUUUGGUGAGGAAGAUAAUGUAAUGUAGAUUUGCUGUAAGAGUGAGUGAGUGAGGAAGAGCAAGAGAGAGUGCAAGAAACAGUGAGAGAGAGGCAGAGCAAGAGAGAGUGAGGAAGAGCAAGAAAGAGUGCAAGAGAGAGAGAGAGAGAGCUCCCUGAGACGCUGUUACUUUUUCUACAGAUUUUAUUUAGAGUUUGUGUGAAAUGGAAAUUUUUUUAAUACAAUUUUUAUUUUUAAUUUUAAAAAUCUCAACCAUGGCUCUUAAUUUUUAUUUAUACUGUGAAAAUUGUUUGCUGUCAAAAUAUAUAUAUGACAGUUUUUGUGUUAUUUUUAUUGUUGUCUCAUUGUUAAUUUUGUUUUUUGUAUAU